AUGGGUCGUGAUGAUACACGUAUCUACGUUGGAAAUCUGCCAUCCGAUGUUCGCGAAAAAGAUAUAGAGGAUUUAUUCUCAAAAUAUGGAAAAAUUCGCUUUGUGGACAUCAAAGGAGGCCGUGGACCGCUUUAUGCUUUUGUUGAGUUUGAAGAUUAUCGUGAUGCUGAAGAUGCUGUUCGUGGAAGAGACGGCUAUGAUUUUGACGGGAACCGCAUCCGCGUCGAAUUUACUCGAGGAGUCGGUCCUCGCGGACCGGGUGGACGUCCAAUGAACCCUGCUUAUGCGAGAGAAUGGCCAGCUCCACGUCGUGGUGGGCCGCCAUCGCGGCGUUCAAAUUUCCGUGUUAUUGUCGAGGGCCUUCCACCAACUGGAUCGUGGCAGGAUCUAAAGGAUCAUUUGCGUGAGGCUGGAGAGGUUUGCUAUGCCGAUGUGGCGCGUGAUGGGACAGGAGUGGCCGAGUUCAUUCGAUACGAUGACAUGAAAUAUGCCGUGCGCAAACUCGAUGAUACAAAGUUCCGUUCCCAUGAGGGUGAAACCGCGUACAUUCGUGUACGUGAGGACAUAAGCGGUUUUGGUCGUAGCCGCUCGAGAAGUCGUUCUCGUAGUCCUCGUCGUUCGUCGCCGAGGUUUUCUCCACUUUGA